GUAAAAGAGCUUUGAGUGGUCGGAAGACUAGAAAGGCGCUAUACAAGUACAGGUCCAUCUACCAUCAGCUGACUCUUAUUAAGACAGCAGAGUCCAGCUUGUCAGACGAGGCUUAAAGUCUGGUGACGUUACAUUAUUUUGUUAUUGUCAACAAUCCCAGUUCAAAUAUCCAAACCAGCACUGAAUGUAUCUAGUAACAAUCACUGUAUGUGUAUCUUCUUCCUCUGUGCCAUCGAGCUUAAAAACACAUCAGUAAGCCACACUGUAGAAAACAAAAGCCUAUAUAAAGAGGUGCAAUGCAAUGCUGUGCCAUCAGUGUCAGAUUAUUAAACCUUGUAGCUGUAAAAGCACAAUGCUUUGGGAGGGUUGCAGUUCAUUGAGGUAAAACCAUAUUCUGUCUGACUGAAGACCCCCAUUUGAGUAACACUGCACUAGAGCACCAAGCAAGAAUGAAAUUGCCCAGAAGAUGCACCCUUUCUUCCUGUUUUAGUGACGUCUGAUUAAAAACGACCAAAGGGCUGGGAGAGCCACUGACAGACUUAGGCCUGUCACAGUCAUUACGUUAUCGACAACUGUGAGAAAAACAGCGGGGAACGCUUCUCAGCCAGACUGUGGUCCAACCUCCUCCACUGCUGUCCAUUGGGAUUGACUCUUUAUACUGAGCACUGUCAGCAGCCAGGCAGGACAUUGGAAAUGGAAAUUUGAGCUUUUUACAUCACAGGUGAUGAAAAUAUGAGGUAGGCUAAAACAUGAGUCAUGUAGCGGAGUUGCCACUGCGGAAACUGAAGGAAAAGGAGUUUAAUAUGGCGCUGAACUGAAAAAACAAGGAGCAAUAGUCAAAGCUUUGUACUGAACAGCCUAAUCUGAUUCGACAGAAUUUCUCAGUUGGGUACAGCCCUAAAAUCAUUUCAGCACUAAUACCAUAGACAAAGUCCUGGCGUCAUCCUCUUCUGUCGGUUCUUUGUGUGUUUCAGUGUUCUUGAUGACCUGCAAGCCUCCUCUUUACAUGGGACCAGAGUACAUCAAAUACUUCAGUGACAAAACCAUUGAUGAUGAGCUGGAAAGAGACAGUCGUGUGACAUGGAUCGUUGAAUUCUUCGCCAACUGGUCUCCGGAGUGCCAGUCCUUUGCUUCGGUCUAUGCUGAUCUCUCUCUCAAGUACAACUGUUCUGGCCUCAAGUUUGGCAAAGUGGACAUCGGACGUUAUGGAGAGGUUUCCAAGAAGUACAAGGUGUCUGCGUCUCCGCUGUCCAAACAGCUUCCCUCCUUGGUGUUGUUUCAGGGAGGGAAGGAGGUGAUGCGGCGCCCCCAGGUGGACAAGAAGGGUAGAGCUGUUUCUUGGAGCUUCACUGAGGUCAGACUGGACAGAGCACUUCACACCUGUAACAUUGUUUUAACACAGACUGCUGAAGCUUCUUAUUCACCUCAGAGUGAGGACUCUGGUCUUUGUCCCCCAGCACUUACAUUGAAAUAGCUUUAGGAUAUGACACUUUGCAGUCAGUAUAGACAGGAUGAACCAUCCAGCUACCAAUAAUCCUUUAAAUGUACAUAUAGGUGUGUAAUUAUUGUGUUAAGAUAUAGUUAAAAAAAUGUCUGCAAUGAAUAGGUCCGGUUACCUUUAGAACAUAUUUCUUAUUGUUACGGUACUAUCUUUA